CGGGUUAAAGUUAGCAGUAAAUCGCAGCUGACUGUGACAAAAUGGUAGGGCAUUCUCGGUUAACGAGAGGUGAUCAAAUUGUAUAUAUUGCCGCGUAAGGAACAAUGAACGUUGAUAGCCAUGGUCAAGUACAACAGCCGGCAUUAAAAAGCUCGAAAUCUGUAAAUAUAAUAGAUGAUAGCUUGAUCGGCAGUAAGAAAAUAAAACGAGAAAGACCUGACGUUUACAGUGACAAUGGGGGGCAGCCGCCGAUCGGUGACAGUAGUGGCUCUCAACAGAACAGAAUAUUCAGCUACAACAAUACAUCGUCCUCGUGCGUUAACAAUGGUCCUCAUCAAGCCGGUGAACUCGUCAAAGAUAUUCUCGCCGGGAAAAUGACAAACAUCGCCCCCAGUCCCGUCGAUAAACAUGAUAAAAUUAAACAAAUGCUAGAAGAUGCCAUCAGUGACGACUCGAAAUGUAGAGUACAAGGAAUUUACUUACAAGUAGAACAAUUGCGGAUAGAAGAAAAGCUCCUGUUGUACUUGAAACUACCGGCUUCGUUGACCAAAUCCGGUGAGAACGUGGAUCCUUUGAGACAGCCUUUAAAUCCUCUAGGAAACCGCUAUGAAAUUCACCAGACCAUAAUGUGGAUAAAAACUCAUCUUGAAGAAGAUCCAGACGUCUCUUUACCUAAGCAAGAAGUUUACGACGAGUACAACAUGUUCUGCAUAAAGAAUUCUAUGAAGCCUCUGUCCACUGCUGACUUUGGAAAAGUGAUGAAACAAGUUUACCCCCGAGUUAGGCCGCGGCGCCUCGGAACACGCGGUAACUCUCGCUACUGUUACGCAGGAAUGAGGAAGAAGAUUAAACUGGAUCCGCCGAUGCUGCCUCCUAUAACCGGAGAACAACCGAUGGACGAGGAAGAUGAGAUCACUGAAGAGAUGCUCGGUGCUGCUUCAACGCUGAUAAGGGAAUGGGCGGAAAGUUUACUUGGCUUGAAGUUCCCUUCGCUCAGUGCUUUAGCUCGGCAUUUGGUGAACAAUCUUUGCGUAGACACACGGUCACUGGCCGCGGUAUGCAUUUUGUGCGCUGCCUCAGAUCCCCAGACUGUAGGUAACAAAGAAGCUCCGUCACCAUCACCAACAAUACUGAGCAGUGAAAAACCGGGAAAACUUAGGGAAGCCCAGUUGCAGCUACAACGCAAAUUGCAGCUCCGUGAGCAUAUAAGGGAGCAAAAACUUCGUAAUCAUGACGCAAUUACGCAGAAUCAGAACAAAGAGAAGACUGUAGAUAUUAAGGGAGGGGGGGGAAAGGGCAGCAAGAAGAAUAAAGCGAGCCAGUCAUUACAAGGUACAGGAGGAGGUCCGUUAGCGGUGCGAACCAUACCAACCAAGUGUAAUUUAUCUGUUGUAACGACGAGUCGGCACAAAAAGGUUCUUAAAUCAACUAGCAACAACUACGCGUGCAACAGCAUCUCCCUGCAAUCUAACUGUGAUAAUAUAGUGGUAAAAACGAGCGAAGUCGCGUCUCGUAACAACGAGACGAAGGCGGUUGUUACUAGUACAGCAAUAUCGUCUAAAGACCCUAAAAUAAGAAAUCCUCGGAAGCGUGCCAAUUUGAACGUAGGAUCUAUGAAAUCUGAAUCAGUUGUAGAAAAACAGCCAAAAUUAUUAAACUCACCGGAUAUCGUACAAACGGUGAAUAACAACCCGCUGCCAAGACUUGCGUCGAUUCAGAGGACUGGUGGUAGAAAAUCGGCAGUGUCUGCAAACAGCGUAAAAUUGACAAAAUUCAAAGUGAUACAGGCCACUUUUAAUCAGCCUGAGGAAAACUGUGAUAUCCAAUCUUCUAAUCGGUCUAACAAUUGCGCCAAGCUGAACGGUUGCCAGAAUGUCUCUGAUAUAACCGACGUCUCGACAAUAGCUAACAAACAGCCUCAGCAAUCGCAAGAGAGUUCCAAAACUACGAAUAAAACGAGCAAAACCUGCACCCUUGACUCCGACGCUCUGGACGACUAUUUAAACGGAGGAAAUAACUCUCAAGAGCAGGAAGAAGAGCUUUUACAGUAUUUUCAACAGAGCAGCUCCUCCAGCUCUGACACAGAAGUGAACAGCUUAUCGACAGAUGUCGAUCUUGUAUCAAGAUCUGACAAAGUAUCCCAGUUACGAUUAAUCCUCCAGCAAAAUUUGAAAGUAAACGCGACUGGACAUUCAACAGCGGAAGAUCCCAUCACCGUUCUUAGUCCAGGAAUAAACUUGGCAUUGGAAAAGGCUGGCAUCGCGUCCAAACCCAACGCAAUAUUGUCUUCGCUCCUCAACUAUCCGAGCCAAUCAGGUACCAGGCGUCGAGUAAGUUUUGAAACGAACGUGGUGGAGCACUUCCAAGAUCAUAGCAGUCAGGUUUCGACGGUCCCUCAAAGUCCAAACACGCGCCGCAGGAUAUUCAACUUCACCCCAAUUUCCCCUGGUCCUUUAUCCCCGAUCAACGGACGUGCUUCCAAGCCCAACUCCGCCAAUGGAAGUCCCUUUGUCUCUCCUAGAAACACACCCGUUCCUCGUUCACGGAGUAACGUUCAAUCGAAUGUCUGCAGAUCCCGUACCUCCCAGAAACCGUUCUCUAGGUCGAUGUCUUGCAGCACGCCUUACACGAACAGAAACGACAUAUUUGUCGUGCCUACAGAAAUAACCAGGCCCAUAUCAGCUUCUCAGUCACCUCCGAGCGGCGGUAAAUUGAACGACCUGCAAACGCCUGCCAACGCUACAAGCGUCCUUGCCAAAGUGGACGAGCCGCAGAGACCAGCGUCUUCUAGCAUUUUGCCGACCGAUUUUACGUCUCAAAAACAAUUGCUGAUCAAUUAUCCGAGCCAGGAGAACCUGCAAGAAAUAAAGAAUUCGUAUCAGAAAACCACCAAGGCACCCGACCAAGAGAUAAGCGAGCUCUUUCACGACGAAAAGAACUUCACGACGGAGCAAUUGUUUUACAGGUCGCAAUCCGUUCCUCUGAGAAGGAUGGUUAAUCCCACGCUAAUGUCUCCGUUAUCAUCGCAACACUAUCCGAUAUGUUUUCAAAGUCAUAGUUUCAAUCCUUCCACGAGUAGCUCUGUGGCUCCCACUCCUGUUCCCAGUGAAUUCAACGACUUCGGCCCUAUCGGCCAUAUAGAUGGCGGUAGCUUUUUGCUUAAUGAUGCAGACGGAAACAUCAUGCCGAAUGACGACAACUUUAUAAUAGGCGACAAGGAGAUAAGCACUGAAAAUUUGACAAACAUUUUCAACAUUUUGGAUAGCCAGAGCUCUCAGAGCUUAGAAAUUUUGCCAGAGCAUAAUACCAGUGACGAGCCAAUAGUGUCGAAUAGCCUAAUUUUGAAUAGUUUACCAAGUACACAUUUAAAUCUCAAUGUCGGGGAUAUAUUGGAACCGGAGACAGCUUUGGACUCCCCGGAGUCUUCCACUUUGCAGCGAAUGAUGCAAUCUCGAUCUUAUCCUAACACUCCAUUGCCUAUGGCUCUGUCGUACGCUUCUCCUUACGCUGACGAUGUUACCAGUGGAUCAAAAUCGUACCCUACAACACCGUUGCAUCCAAUCGAAUUAAAGGAAGUAUACACAGAGUCAAGCGAACCAAUGCUUUCCAGUCUAAAUCUAAAUUCGUUGCAGCUUCAUGGCGAGACGGUGAAUUCUGAUUCUUCAUCAAAUAACGUUUGUCGCAACGUCACAGACCUGUUGGAAAGUAGCUUUCUUGCUGAUAACGAAGGUGAAACUGACAGCCUAGAUCCGUUGGGUAAUUUUGACGGACUGCAAGACGUCGACUCGCUAGCACCGCUCUUCAACGAUGUAUCGGAGACAAACCACUGAAGCGAAUAAAUCCUCAAGUGUUAUUUGAAUAUUAAGUAUAUUUCUUAAUAUUUGCGAUAUGCGUGCGUAUAUUUACAUAAAAAUAGGUGCAAAGAUCUCACGAGUAUAAUGGAAGUACGGAGAUACCGUCAACUCGAAAUAUCAACUAGCAAAUUCAACCAUCGCAUACACACAUAAGCUAGAAUAUAAAAUAUUGGUUCGUUUUUGGAACAUUCCAAGUUCACAAGUAGCAAUAGAAUAGCAUGAUUUAUAAGAUAUUGGACGGAAUCAAUUAUUUGUACAUACAACUAUUAAUUAUAUUCAGUUUACACAGUUCAAGGCUAGAUAAAUAUUUACCUUUAUUUUUUAUUCGCACUUCUGGAAGUGAAAUAAAAUGUUCAGAAAUUUUAGAGCCUGCAGGAUGUUUAGAAAAAGUAAUAUACAUACAUGUUUUA